UUGAAUCACACGAGGAGCGUGGAGUAAAAAUGGCGAACGAAACUCUCCAAGUGAAAAGGCGAAACCCAGCUAUUUUUCAGUUAAGAGCAGGAGGCGAGUUUUACAUGAUCGGUAGUGAAGUUGGCCAUCAAAUGGGCCUGAUGAAAGGAGCUUUGUACAAGAAAUUCCCUUCGCUCUGGCGCCGUCCACCGACUAUUGAAGAACGAAGAAUUUUGUUGUCGUUGAAUGUGGGUUACAACAGCAUGUCCAACUCAAACAUAAUGCUUGUGAAGGAAGGAGAAAUUGAGAAAAUUUUUAAAGGUUUUGGGGAGAAGUUCAUGGAAAAGCUUCCCUGCUCUCCCGUGACUGCCGGUGAUCGGGGGUUGAAGGAUUUUUCUCCGCGCUGUAGGCGACCAAACUUCACAGGACCAGUUCAUUUUCCUGCAAACUGCUCAAGGGAUAUUCUCAACUCAUCCGUUCAGCAUCUUAAUGCGGUUUCUUAUCAGACGAAGGCAUGCACUAAAUUUUGCAGCAAGUUUAGUUGGAGGGCUCGAGAAGAACUGAGGAAAAAGAUCCUUCCAAGCUUGAGGUAAAAUAAUCUUUCAUCCUAAAGCUUUGUAUUUUUUUUGCGGACAAACUUUCAACAAAAUUUGAAUAUAAAAUCUUGUAAGAGGGUAAUCUUAUUUAACUUCCACUGUAAAUUGUGAAAGUUAAAAACUACCCAUCGUUUUACUCUUUUGUGUAGGAAAACAAUGCCAAGAAUUAUUUUUUUAGCCAUGAAACAAGCUAUAAGCUUGUGUAUAAACUGUUAAGCUUAAAUGUUUGUGCGAUAAAUCGCAAGAUUUCCACGAAUCACAUGUAGGCAGUUUCUUCACCGUUACUGCAAUUUCCUCCAAAUGGCUCAUAACUCGUUUCAUUUUAUCUCAUCACUAGUUGUUCAAGAUGCACUGAAUAAAUGUUGAAUUUAAAGCUAAGUUACUAACACCGACAUGAUACGUUUGAUGCAUAAAACCCAAAAUAGACUGACCCGCGUGUCUGCGGAAGCCAUUGGCAAACUGACCAAGUUUGUCGGUUUCACCAUAUUGAACCCAUUUGUCAACAGUUCACUUUGAACAAACUAUUUUACCAAGGCUUUCUCACUCUGAAAAGUUGAUCGCUUUCAGUGAAAAGUAAAAAAAUCAAUGUUUAAUACCCCAUUUGCUCCCGUGAAUUUCACUAUGGGGAUUUUCUUCUCCUUUUUACUAUAAACUUGAGAUUAAUUCAGUGAACAGAAAAACGAAAACGACUCAAUUUCUCUCCAGAGAAUUUUACUAUUACCCGCUACAUUUACAUCACCUAUGAACAACAGUCACUUUAAACCUGUUUUAGCUCUGGUUUGUAGGUUUUUUUAAAUUUAAUUCUGACGGUUUUGGCCAACUUUACUAAUUUGCAAAAAGCAUGAUUUCUUGAUGUUCUGAUUAAGUUGAGUCAAACUUUCACUCAUUUUUACUCAAAUAGUUUAUUUCAUUUCUCAAGAAUUAGCGAUAGUUUGGCGUUGCAUUAUUUAAACUCUUUACAGUCCGUCUUUCGGACUCUGUUUUUUGCAUGUUUUUGAAAGACGCAAAGUUUUUUGGCGCGAGUCGCGCGAGCCUGGAAACGAUUAGUCAGCUUGCCAAGAACUGUGGGUAAACGUGAUUGAAUGAAAGGCAAGAUGGCGGUCCGAACGUACGGUCAAAAACCAGCUUCUUUUCAGCUCGGAGAUGGCGACUCAUACAUGAUAGGAUCCGAAGUUGGAAACUUCCUGCGAAUGUUUAGAGGCUCUUUAUACAAAAAAUACCCUUCGUUAUGGCGAAGACUCGCCACUUUGGACGAACGAAAGCAAAUCGUUCAACUAGGGCUUGGACAUAGUAGCAUCGCCACAAAUGUAACCUUGUUAAAAUCUUCCGAGGUGGAGGAAAUCCUGGAAGGAAAGGACGAGAAAUAUAAAGUUUCUACGGAAACACCCGAUGCAGCAGCCCGGGCCGCAAGUAGUAAAGCAAAACGUAGCAGCCAGCCAGCAUGGGCACCACAAACUUUAUUUUCUAGUAAUUCUUUUCACUUGGAUGCAGUACCUUGUUCUACAACUGUGAACAGGAAUCGCAUGGGACAAAAAAGGAUUAAGACCUUCCCUACAUGGUAAUCUACUGGUACUUAAGACGAUGUUUUAGGAUACGGAGUAUUGCCUUGCCACUUAAAAAAAGACCUAUGUUUAUUGUUAUUGUUAUUAAUUUCGACAUACCAUGUCGCUGGCUAUGCAGGAAGUAGUCAUUAUGGCAGAGUAUUCUGCAGUUAAACCAACUCCAAGCCAAGUUGCUUUUUAAAACACCAUGUAAUGUAUGAUUUACGUGUUGCUGGGCUUUGAGGUUGUUACAUGCAAUGGCAGAGUGCAAAGAAAGUCAUUUUACAGCUUGUUAUUUGGGCAAGCUGUAGCUAGCAUGUACUAGACCAAAAUUCAUUUCAAUUAGCCCCCCAAAAAUUUUGAUGAGUACUGAUUACAGUUGUUCUGUAAAUUUGAAUUCCCCAAAAAGCUUCACUUGCUCAGUGGACACUAUUAUUUUCUUUGUAAGCUGAAUGGGAUUCUAAACCAUACAAGAAUAUUUUUCAUUGUUUGGUAGUUUUGUGAUAACAAUGCAAAGCUAUACUCUAAGAAAAAUUGAAGAGAGCCCAGUGCUGGAAUCUGUGAAAUCCAGGGUAACCAACAUAUGAGCUCUGAAAAAGCAAAGAUUCCCUAAUCACACAAGAAAACAGUAAGAUACCAGGAAUCUAUGGGAGCUACUAGAGCACAGCCCUGCAUGGCAUGUUAAUCAAAUUCUUUGGCAUAAGACACAGAAAAAGAGAGACUCUGAUUACAAACAGUUCUCUUGGUACCAGGUCUCUUGUCACUCUAUAAUCUACAACUUUCUUUAGGUCCUAAAGAUGGUGAACUUUAAGCAACCGUGCUCCUUCAAAAAGGAGACCUCUUUAAUGUGGGCAUUUUGCUUUGUACCCUUGGCAUCAGUAUUCAGUAGAUUUUUCUGUCGUAUCAAGCCAAAUAGUAUAUGAUUGAUGUAUUUUUCUUGUUUGUUGACUUGCCUCAUUCAUGAUGGAACUCACAUCAGUAUUUCAUAAUAUGGAUAGGUGCAUUUCUCAGAAUAGGCCAUUUUACAGUUGUGGGCUUAGUGUCCUAGCCUUUGAGUGAAUGUGAGGGUGAGGUCGAUCAUGUUUUGAAACAAGCCUCCCUCCUUUUCUGAUGGAAAAAAUUAUGCUUAAAAAAUAAUAGUAUAAGAAAAACAUGACUUAGAUAAUAAAACAAGAAGGAUUGUACCAAGGCAAGGUCAACUCUAGCCUCAUUUCCACCUGUAACUGUAAACUAGUCUAUUAAGCAUGUCCCUAAAAGCUAACCGGAGUACACCUCUUCAGCUUAUAUGUAUUGUUUUCCAACUUUAGAUCAUGAGAUAAUACUCAAGAGAACUCUUUCUUUCAAAUGUAGUUAUAUUCACAUAUGUCUUGAAAAGAUCAAGAGCAAAUUCCCUUGAGACGUACAUUGAAAAAAACAAAACAUACAAGCUGAGGUGGUCUAUGCAAGUUGUACUAAUAACAACUCUUAUUUAUAUAUGUUUUAAAUGUUUCAGUUAUGAUGAUCAUGACAUGGCAGCUAUCCAUGAAGCUGCUAGUCAGCCUGAAGUGUUAGUCCCCAUCAGGUUGGACAUUGAUAUUGAUGGACAAAAACUCAGAGACACAUUCACAUGGAACAAAAAUGGUGUGUGCGCUUAUGCUAUUUACUUUUGAUAUUUGAAAGCAGACAUUUAUGUAUCAGCAUGUGAACAUUACUUGAAAUAAAUGUAGCUUGACUUAUUACAGUCCACCCAUCCCACAUUCUUUGGGAACGAGGUUGCUGGUAAAGUAGGAGAUGAAGGAUAUUUUAUUUGAUAAAUUAAACAAGAACGCUUAAUAUUUCAGUAACACAGCCUUGUGCAUUGAUUUCUGGGAGAACAGAUUUAUUGAACAUAGUGUCUAAUAAUAUUAUUUCAUUAUCAACCUAUAAAGCAGUAUUUUACUGUCCACCUACCGGUAUGUAUCAGUGCAACGAGACAAGUCCUAGAUUCAGUCUUUUUUGUGCUCAGAUAAUAAAUCAAAGUACCAUCUGUCAGAUUUGGCAGAUUUGGGAAUCUUCUUGAAUUUAUUUUAACCAUUGAAGCAUUAAUAUUCAUUGCACAAAGGAAGGUUCUUGAGUUCCUUUGCUCUGGAAAAUGGUAAGGAAGAUCAAAUUAAAACAAAAAUAAUAAACUGGUUGUUUUAGCUUUUAGCUUAUGUUGUUUGUUUGUCUGUUUUGUUUGUUAUUUUUUGGUUUAAAGCCACUGAAGAUUAGGGGUUAAUUUUGGUUUGCCUUUUUUUGCAGAGACAUUAAUCUCUCCAGAGGUGUUUGCUGAAGUGCUGUGUGAUGACCUAGAUCUGCCACCAGCAUCAUUUGUACCUGCUGUAGUGCAGGCUAUUAGGCAGCAGAUAAAACAGUUUGAUACAGAUUCUGAAAUAAUGCUUGAUCAACAGACAGAUCAGAGAGUUAUUAUCAAGGUGCAGAGUCAACACGAUUCAGUAAUUAAACUAAACUUCUCAAAACUGAUUAAUCAUAUAUAAUGCUCUUAUCUUCAAGAUACCCACCACCUUCGCAUGUGCAUUAGGAUUGAUGGGAUAAAAGUGAUGUCACCUGGUAUUUCAGGGGGAAAACAAUGUGAUAAAAUUUGCCAAUACUUGCAAUCAUGGCAGGGUUUGUUUAUUCUCUCAAAAUGAGACAAUGAUGUUAGUCAUGCAAAAUGUACAGCUCAAGUUGCGACAAGUUUUACUGCAUUAUUGUGCAUUGUGAAGACAUCUAUGGUCACUGCUGUGUCCAAAAAGAAACAAUAUGAUCACUUACACAACCAUAAUUUACUUCUUUAAGAUGAAAAGUUCUCCAUGUUCUGUUGUCUAAAAUAUACAAACUCAACAACGAUUUCUUUUAUUUUUUGGAAUUUUACCACUUGUUUGUUCCCUGAGAAACCAUGUGGCAUGGCUUUUAUCCCACUGCAUACAAUGAUGGGGUGUAUUGUGAAAAAGGUCUAUUUGAGUGUCUCAUUUUGGUUGGGUGUAUGUUGGCAUUAAAAUGGUCUCUUACUUCCUUUCUUUUGGCACAAAAAGAGGUAGAGAUACUUUGAGGUAAUUUUGUCAUGGGAUAGAUUUUUGCUCUUGGACCAUCUUCAUUUUCUUGAAUAACUUGUGGGUUUCUUUAACCUGUAUUAAAUGGUCAUCUUGUAUUAAGUGGUCAGUAAGGCAUUCCCUAAGACUGUAUUUUGAUUUUUUGGUAAUUUUCAUCCACAGCUAAACAUCCAUGUUGGUAACAUUUCAUUGAUGGAUCAGUUUGAGUGGGAUUUGUCAGAACCUCAAAACACGCCUGAACAGUUUGCACUCAGCCUUUGCUCUGAUCUGGGUCUUGGUGGCGAGUUUGCCACAGCCAUUGCUUAUAGCAUUCGUGGUCAGUUAAGUUGGCACUCUAAAACAUAUGCCUUCAGUGAGGCACCAUUGCCAACUAUUGAGUCACCCAUUAGAUCAGGCACAGAUGUAGAUAACUGGGGUCCAUAUCUUGAGACAUUAACAGAUGCUGAGAUGGAAAAGAAGUUGCGUGACCAGGAUAGGAAUACCAGGUUUGUACUCCUUCUGAUAUUUCUUUUAAAGAUCAAAAUCUUACCUUUUUUGCACCUUCUCUAUCUUACUGGAGAUCAGUGACAAGCAAUAAAACUAACUCUUCUCGUAGCACUAUGUCAGAGGUGUCUAUGUACUCCCUGAUCUUUGCUUCACCAUGCUAUAAGUAAGUUACUCAUUGUUUUGCAUUGUAGAUCCAUUUGGAAUGUUGCUAUUUGACAUUGUUGCUGCUUCUUCACUUCGUCAUUGUUUUUCACUAAUUUGUAUUUUAAAUCUAAACUAAUGAGCCAGGCAAGGAUGAAACAACAAUAGCUUUGCUAUUAUAGUUUGUAAUGGAUGUACAGUGGAAACUCUCACAGUGGGCACUCUCUUAGCGGACAGCUCUACUUAUGGCCGCCUUCACAAAACACCGUUUUUUUUUUCAACUCCCAUACAAACUCUGUAUUUUUAAACCUCCAUAAGUGGCCAGCCCCAGUUAUGGACACCUUUCUCACGUCCCGAGGGAGUCUGCUCACAAGAGCUUCCACUGUAUAACAAACUGUUAAAGACUGAGAUAAGAUUGAGACUCAGGCACUGCUGCUUUGUUUUCCUUAAAGAAGAAACUUUGUACAAAAUUCUCUCUCCCCUCUGGUGAGUCUAGCCCUAAGAGCGACCAGCUUCUAAUCUCUGUUUAUAAUAUAUCAUUGCCAAGUUAAUCACAAGGUCAUAUGAGAAUAAUGGGAAUUUAUCACUCAACUUUUGCUGUCUUCAUUUACAUACAUACAUACAUACUUUAUUGGCUCGUCCCCACGGGGCUUUUCAGAGUCAAUUUUACAUUACAAAAUUAUAAACCAAGUACAUGACAAUAAGAAUAUAACAAUGAUAAAAGAAGACAAAGGUCAAUAAAAUUAAUUAAGUUAAUUAAAUAAAGCAGUCAUUAAGAAGCUUUUGCCUGAGUAAACACUUGAAUUCCGUCACGGAUGGGCUAAGUUUGAGCGCAGGCUGCAACUCAUUCCAGAGAGAGGUUGCUCUAUAUUGAAAGGUCCUUUGGCCGCUGGCAGUGCGGAAGAGUGGUAUGUUCAAAAGUUGAGAAUUUCUCGUAUUCCUUGUCGAGACGGCGGAUCUUCCAACGAGCUUUGAUGUCAAAUACUCCGAAGCACAACUCGUCAUGCACUUAAAAACCAGAACAGCAAAACGAAAAUAAAGUUGUUGCCUGAUUGGUAGCCAGCGCAAGUCUUUUAGCAAAGGAGUUAUGUGAUCGAAUUUUUUAGCGCCGCUCAAAAUACGACAAGCGAAAUUCUGUACUGCUUGGAGCCUGUCCAGAUUAGUUUGAGUAGUAUUGCUCCAAACAGAAGAGCAAUAGAAUAAUUUACUAAAUACUAAGGCAUUUAUAAUAAUUUCUAACCAUUAGUAUAGGUAAUAGCAUGAUUUGUAGCGAUAUUUGGCAUAAAUACCACAAGUGAUAUUUCAAAAUUGUUAUACGUAAUUUGAGACAAUUUUGAAAUAUCACGAGUGGUAUUUAUGCCAAAUAUCAUGUACAAAUGAUGCUAUUAUUUGUUUAUACUACUACCCGCAAAAGGUUUGUAAUUUUCACAUGUAGGUAUUUCAAAUUAAGCUGAAAUACCACUGCUCUAAGCCAAUCAAAUUGCAGAAAUUUCUCAUGUAGUAGUAUAAACAUCAUAAGAAUUACAUGCAGGAUCAUUAUGGGGGAUAUGGAUUUUGAUGCUAGUAUGGUCUCUUAUAUUAUAGGACAAGGACUUUAUUAUCAACUGUGACAUGUUGCUUUCUUUAUUUCUAUUUCAGGCGAAUGCGACGUUUGGCCAACACUGCCCCUGUGUAUUGAAAAGCCUCAAAAACCCACCAGGACAACACUUGUAAAUAAAACAUAUGUAUAGUGUGCCUUGUUCUAUGUAAAUAAGUUAAGUUGUAUAGCGCUUUGUUUGGAAAAUGUCAAAAACGUUAAGAAAAGAAAGAACUGUUAAGAAUGUCAUGUUUAGUUUCAGUACAAAGAGGAGGGAUUGUACAAGUGGAACACUGC